AUGUGUGAUGCUAGUGAUUUUGCUGUAGGGGCAAUACUUGGGCAAAGAAAGGACAAGGUAUUUCAUGCUAUCUACUAUGCAAGUCAUACAUUGACAAAUUCACAACUAAAUUAUACCACCACUGAGAAGGAGCUAUUAGUUGUGGUAUUUACCUCCGACAAAUUCAGAGCUUAUUUAGCAGGCACCAAAGUUACGGUUUCUAUGGACCACUCUGCUAUUAAAGAUAGGAAAGGCACAGAAAAUCAAGUAGUUGAUCACCUGUCUCGAAUUGAAGCAGGAAAUGAAGACGGUAAUAUUCAGUGUAUUCAGGAUGAUUUCCCAGAUGAGCAACUGUUCGUUACCAUGGCAUUACCGUGGUAUGUCAAUAUUAUAAUUCAGAGGUGUGUUCUAGAUGAUGAGAUUCAAAGUAUUUUAUACCAUUGUCAUAUAACACCAUAUGGAGGACAUUCUGGGGGCAUGAGAAUUACUGCAAAAGUUCUCCAAACUAGUUCUUAUUGGCCAAACAUGUUUAAAGAUGCUCAUGAAUUUUGUCAAGCUUGUGAUCACUGUCAAAGAACAAGAAAUCUAUCGAAGAGGUAUGAAAUGCACUUGCAAACUAUUCUAGAAGUGGAACUAUUUGACGUAUGGGGAAUUAAUUUUGUGGGUCUAUUUCCACCUUCUUGGGGAAAUGUAUACAUACUUGUAGCUAUUGAUUAUGUCUCUAACUGGGUUAAGGUUGUUGCUCUACCAACGAAUGAUGCCAAAUUGGUACUGAAUUUCUACAUAAUAAUAUUUUUACCAGGUUUGGUACCCCCUUGUGCUUUGAUUAGUGAUGAAGAUUCACACUUUGACUACAAAUUAGUUGCUAAUGCUCUGAAUAGUAUGGGGUUAAACAUAAAAUUGCCACAGCAUACCAUUCCCAGACAAAUGGACAAGCAGAUGUCUCUAACAACACCAUUAGGGAUGUCGCCUUUCAAGCUUGUUUAUAGGAAACCCAGUCAUUUGCCCGUUAAACUUGAACAUAAGACAUAUUGGGCAAUUAAGAAAUUGAAUAUGGAUUGGAGUGUUGCUGGUACUAACCGCCUAUUAAAGUUGAAUGAGAUGGAAGAAUUCAGAGCACAAACUUGUAAGAAUGUCAAGCUGUAUAAAGAAAAGACCAAACGAUGGCAUGACAACAAGAUUUUGCCACGGAGCCAUAACAAAGUAAAUUGUCCAGAGGUUUCAGGGGAGAAAAUGCUAAAGCAUCUUGGCUCUACAUCCACAGCUUCUCCACCUAUGACUACAGAUGUUGCCCCAUCAACAUCUCACAGUGACUUUAAGCAACAAUUAGAAGAUGAUGAUGAAGAUGGAACAGAAACCACUGCAGAGAAGAACAUAGAAAAAGAGGGAAAGGAGGAGAAAAUUGAAUCCGUGCAUAUUGAAUCUAAUAAGGAUGAAGCGAAUAUAACUCAAACUUCUACACCUGCUACAACUACCACUACACCGAAAUCCACUACACCUAUGACCGAGCAAGAGCGUGUGAUCCAUCAACUGGUUGAUGAUUUUAGAAAAUUAAAAAUUGAUGAUGAUGAAGAGAUGCCAAUAAACCAGCUAAAAAUGAAGUGCUACAAGCAAGUUGUUGGGAAAUCAGUUCAAGAUGAUGCUGGUGAAGUGGAAAGGAAGCAAUGCUACAAACGCGCUACCAGAAAAUCAACCCAACCCAAUUAG